AUGUCGGACUCCGCGAUGCUCGAGUACGUGGGCGGGGAGGUGAUCGUGUCCGGCCUCAAGGCCCGACCCGACCUCAACGGGCUAACCGCGCGAGUCGACGAGUGGUUAACGGAUCGGUCGAGGUUUCGCUGCGUCGUUUACGACAAGGACUGGCUCGAGGGCGAGUCGGUGAACUUGAGGCCGGAGUGCUGCGACAGGCCGACGUGCGAGCGCACGGGCGAGGAGCUCCCGUGCGGCCGGCCCUCGCGGAUCUGCUGCAGGCGAUGCGGCAAACGGCGAUUCUGCAGCAAGGAGUGCAUGAGGAGUCACAGGGAUUGGUGCGACGCGAACGACGAGGAGCGACGGGCGAGGGCGGAGAGGCACCACGAUAACCCGCACGACGCCCGGAAUGAUCCCAACAACGCGGCACACAUCGAGACCUUGUGCCAGAGGGUGGUGGACAUCCUGCAGAACGAGACCGGCGGCGUCUUCAGGGAUAAGUUCCUCGAGGUUCGGAACAAAGGCCAACGCGGCGAGAGGUUCCUGGUGCAGAUCGUCGAGGAGGGAGCCAUCGGCGCUGGCGACGCCAGGUUGACGCUGUUCAGCCUGGAGCAGGUGGACACGCUCGCGCGGUCGUCGCAGGGGUGGGCCAAUCCUCGCGACGUGGUGCGGAAUUACGACCCAAAGACGCAGUUCGCGGUCAUGUACGGACACGACGACGACGACUUUUGCCCGCUGCGGACGAUAACCUUCAACACGUACAUAGCAGUGUUCAUGGAGCAGGUGGGAUGGUUGUCGUGA